GCUAGCGGGGAAUUCAACGAUUGUCAAAAGAAAUACAUUGCCAUUCAAAAUUUUCUUUUCAAGAAGGCAACUUCAAGGAUUUGAAUGAAAAGAAAGACUUUGAAUUUUUGUUGAAAGUGCAGUUAUAAACAAAGUUUCAUACUUAGAAAGUUAAAGAUUGCUUUUGCAAUCUUAUUUAUUCGUUUGAAUUUGAAGGUCGUGGUCGUGUGAAAAACUGAAAAUGUCACAAGCUUUUGCACUUCAUCAGGAUGAAAAUCAGGUGCCACGCCGAGGAAAAGCAAGCACGAGAAAUGCUGGUUUGGGUGGACAGAAACGGGCAGCUCUUGGUGUGAUUACGAACCAAGUAAAUCAGCAAAUCCGUGUCCAGCCGGCAAGGGCGGCAAAACCAAAGGCUUCUGAUUUUGCCAUUCAAGAUGAGAAUGCUUUCUCGAAGAAAUCUGCCAAGCCAUUUGGCCAGCAACCAAGCCAGUUCUCUGUGUUUGUUGACGAGCCAGCAAAGAAGACGAAGGCUGUCGCAAAAGCUCCAGCAGUCUUGAACAGUAGUACCGAGCUUUCUGCAGCUGUAACAGCAGUUCCACAACCAAGAGUCCCAUUGGCACAAGUACCAGGAUCUCCAGACAUAAUAUGUUUAGAGGACUCAAUGGAAUCUCCUAUGGUACUGGAUAUAUCAGAUGAUGAAAAGAAACCUAUUGAUAGAGAAGCUGUGAUAUUGACCGUCCCAGAAUAUGAAGAGGACAUCUACAACUACCUCAGACAAGCAGAGAUGAGGAACAGAGCAAAGCCAGGAUAUAUGAAGAGACAGCAGGAUAUCACUUCAUCAAUGAGAUCCAUUUUGGUAGAUUGGUUGGUAGAGGUAUCAGAAGAAUACAAGCUUCACAGAGAAACACUGUUUCUUGCGGUCAACUAUAUUGACAGAUUUUUGUCCAAAAUCUCAGUAUUGCGAGGAAAACUCCAGUUGGUCGGUGCUGCUAGCAUGUUCUUAGCUGCCAAAUACGAGGAAAUUUACCCUCCAGAUGUGAAGGAAUUUGCAUACAUCACUGAUGACACGUACAGUGCUCAGCAAGUUCUAAGAAUGGAACAUCUUAUCCUCAAGGUGCUGACUUUCGAUGUUGCUGUGCCAACCACAAACUGGUUUUGUGAGGACUUUGCCAAAUCAUGCGAUGCAGAUGAUAAACUGAAGGCUUUGACCAUGUUCUUGGCAGAGUUGACAUUGAUAGAAAUGGAUACCUACCUAAAAUAUGUACCUAGCAUCACAGCUGCAGCAGCAUUGUGUCUAGCCAGAUAUUCACUUGGACUUGAACCAUGGACAGAGGCAUUGGUGAAGAAGACAGGGUAUGAAAUUGGGCAUUUUGUCGAUUGUCUAAAGGACCUGCACAAAACCUACCUUGGUGCCGAGUCACAUCAGCAACAAGCGGUGCAGGAGAAAUACAAGCAAGACAAGUACCACCAAGUGUCAGAUUUCACUAAGAAUCCGGUGCCACACAAUUUGGCCUUGCUUGCCGUCUAGGUUUAGGAUAAUGUGUAGUGUUGUGUUCUCUACCAAAGUUCUUUCAUGGACUGAACAGUGUUGAAUAGAGGUCCGCCUGCAGAUAGCCACAUACAGUUCACAGUGCUACAGCGCCAUGCAACUCGAAUCUAGCAUCGUCAAAGGGUUUCCUCACAUGCUUGUUGGAGACCUAGCAACUUAAUUUUUUUUUAUCAAUAUCAGCCUAUAUCUAUGGAAAUGUUCAUCUUUAAAUCUUUUUAAAGUAGUGUAAUUAUAUUCAUCUUUAUUUAAAUUCUUCAAAAAGAUAUGUAACAAAUUUUGAAGUAAUUUUCUUUUAUGGUCAUUGAUAUACAGCAAGAAUGUCAUGAAACCCUUUUACAGAGAUGCACCAUGUGAGUUAAGAUGACAAAAGGGAGAGAUGUCCUGUGAAUUGCAGAUGGUUAUGUGUAGGCAGAGCCUAUUUAUUACAAGUAAUUCGGGUGCCAAGGUGAUUUCCUGCAGCUGUGAAAUAGCUGUGAGGGGAAAGGUACCACCAUAAUGUGUUCAAGAUGUUUUACUGCCAAUCAGGAUUCUAAUUAGUUGCUUUUACCAAUUUGCUGUACUGGGACAGUUUUAUAGAUAUUUUUAGUGCAAUAGAAAGGCAGCAUACAUUUUCAUCAUGGAUGGAAUGAAAUUUUAUUGUUUUGUUUGCAACUAAGUGACUCGGAAGUUGCGCUUCUUGUGUGAUUGAAGUAUGUGUGAAAAAUUGAAAGAUUGACUCCUUACAGAUCGAUAAAGUGUGUAAAUAGAAAGGACUGUUGCAAGUUCCUGUUCAGAUGAUUUAUGAAUGUCUAUUGCAUUUUAAAGUGUUGUGAAAUUCCUCAAGGAGUAUGAUGUACGAAAGCUUUGAUUUUAAAAAUGGCAAACCAAAUAGACAAUUUUAUGAAAUCAGUGCAUGUAGAUUCUUUACGUCUAUAUAUUUGUUUUGUACAGUGUAUAUAAUGUUUUUAUGUCCGUCUUGAAACUAUUCUUCAUCUUUUACUCUCUAUAAAUCUUUCAUCAUUCUCAUAUUUGCAAAAUGAUAUCCAUGUUCAAAAAGAUUCAUCCAUUCAUUACUCCUUCCCAAAACUUACAUUCCAAAAUUCAUUUUAACAUCCACACAAAUUUUGAAUGAAAAGUAGUAAACAGAAAGUAAAUUGUAUAUUUUUUUACACUUUAUUUUAAUCAUUUUUAACUAAUGUUGCAGUAUUUUUAUUUAAGUCUUUUUGUACAUGGAUCACUUAUUUUAUGGCAUUAAAAAGAUUUAAGAGAUAGCUCCUUUAUGUUUUUAACUUAUUUAUAAUUAAAGUUAUUCAAAAUACA